GUAGAGCAGCUGCGCUAUUGUCUGCACCCAAUCGCCAGUGUUUGUCUGCUUAGGCCUGGGUGACUGUUGUCAACACUGUAGAUAAGCCGGCUCCCAGCUGUCGCAGCAGAUUAUCACUCACUUAAGGACCCAGAAGCACUCUCCGAGGUCAAGGUCCUGAGCCAGAGCCACAGACCUGCCUUGGCCUCACAGCUGCUCAGCUGACGUUCAGCCCCAUCAGCCUGGAUUGGUGAACUUGAGUCACAAGAGAUUUCUCCAGGUUUGCUGGGAUGGGAAACCUGCUCAAAGUCCUUACCAGGGAAAUUGAAAACUAUCCACAUUUUUUCCUGGAUUUUGAAAAUGCUCAGCCCACAGAAGGAGAGAGAGAAAUAUGGAACCAGAUCAGCGCGGUGCUCCAGGAUUCUGAGAGUAUCCUCACAGACCUGCAAGCUUAUAAGGGAGCAGGACCAGAAAUCCGAGAGGCAAUUCAAAAUCCUAAUGACAUUCAGCUUCAAGAAAAAGCUUGGAAUGCUGUGUGUCCUCUAGUUGUAAGGCUAAAGAGAUUUUAUGAGUUUUCCAUAAGACUAGAAAAAGCUCUUCAGAGUUUGUUAGAAUCUCUGACCUGUCCACCCUACACGCCAACCCAACACCUGGAGCGGGAACAGGCCCUGGCAAAAGAGUUUGCGGAAAUUCUUCAUUUUACCCUUCGAUUUGAUGAGCUCAAGAUGAGGAACCCAGCUAUACAGAACGAUUUCAGCUACUACCGAAGGACAAUAAGUCGCAACCGUAUCAACAAUAUGCAUCUAGACAUUGAGAAUGAAGUCAAUAACGAGAUGGCCAACAGAAUGUCCCUCUUCUAUGCAGAAGCCACACCCAUGCUGAAAACCCUUAGCAAUGCCACAAUGCACUUUGUCUCUGAAAACAAAACUCUGCCAAUAGAGAACACCACAGACUGCCUCAGCACCAUGACAAGUGUUUGUAAAGUCAUGCUGGAAACCCCGGAGUACAGGAGUAGGUUUACAAGCGAGGAAACGCUGAUGUUCUGCAUGAGGGUGAUGGUGGGCGUCAUCAUCCUCUAUGACCAUGUCCACCCCGUGGGAGCUUUCUGCAAGACAUCCAAGAUCGACAUGAAAGGCUGCAUAAAGGUUUUGAAGGAGCAGGCCCCAGACAGCGUGGAGGGGCUACUGAAUGCCCUCAGGUUCACUACAAAGCACUUGAAUGAUGAGUCGACUUCCAAACAGAUUCGAGCAAUGCUCCAGUAGAGCUGUAUUCAAAGAAGAGGAUCUAUGUACUGACCUCAGAAGAUGUAUAUGUUUACAUAAUUUAAUACAGAUUGAUGUUAAUACUUGUGUAUUUACAUAACCGUUUCCUUCUUGUCACUGAAAUAUAUGGACCUUAAUUUGUAUCUUGACUCACUCAACCCCUUCAGAGCAGAAAUUGACUUGAGAGCCUUACCUUUGAUGUCUAAAACAAAACCCUCUUCUCCAAAGGCAAAAUUUGGAGACUUUUGAUUUUUGCUACUGGACUCCUUUAACUACACCUAUAACAAUCAGAAACCCCUAAUAGUUUGUAGUAGUGUUUUAAUUCUAGAUCUGUAAUCUCUCUGAGGAGUUAUAGAAACACAGUCUUUGAUUUGCCGUGUUAGCUCAGCUACAAGAAACACAAGUGUUACCCUGACAUAGGAAGAGAGGAAUUAGAGAGAAGAAAAUGCAUGUGGAGAUGCAAACCCAAGUGUUUUGAAUUCAGCACAACACCCCCCCCCCCCAUUUCCUCAAACCACAGUGCAACUUUUUAAUUUGCACAUAUAUUAUUUAUUGUCAUAUUCUCUUCCUGUCAAAAUUUACAUGCCUCUAAUAUUCUCCUUGGGUUUUGCAAGGAGCAACUUAGCUGUGUUUGAAGCAGUUAGUAGGAAAUAAGUGAAAAUAGAUAAAUGUGCUGCCGAGGCUGGGCGAAUGAAUGUGGUUAACCUGAAAACUGGGAUGAUAUAGAAAAAGAACAUCUAAGCUGCAGGAUAGUUCUCUCUUGCUUCAGCUCUGUCUACAGCAGGCUGGGGAAUAGCCAAUCAAUCAGCAGGUCUGAUGAGAUCCACUGAAAUCUUGUGGUCUGACCCUGUACUUGAUGGGACAGGUGUAUGCUUUUCAUUGGUUACCUGUGGCCUGUCUAUUUAUAUUGCAUGGCCAUAAAUAUUAUGAAUUUUCAAAUAUCCCCUGGCAGAAUAAAAGGUCCUUCCCUCUACUCCCCCAGGUCUAAAAUGGCAGGAACCCUGGCUUUGAAAUGGUGGGGAAACUUGUCUGAACUCCAGUUAUCUGUGGAGUGCUGGAUGCACAGUUCUUCCUCUUCCUAUAGACCAUUUAUGUGGUAGCACAGGUUUAGAACCACGUGAGUUGCUAUAAACUGAGGAUCUGGAGAGGAGAAAGCAUUUGCAUUAUUUUAUUACGUAGUAUUUAAAGGGCAGGUCCUUUUCACUCUCACUGCUAUCUUGUUGUAAUGUGCAAAACUCUGGUCUGAGGACGUAGAUUCAUGCCUAGCCCUAACGAUACAUGGCCUGACUUGGGAAUUUAUCUAAGCUCUCUGUAUAUCACCUUCCCUAAUUAUAUAGUGGGAAAUUAAAGCAAACCAUCUCCAAGAUUCUUGUAAGGCUACAAGUCAAUAAAAUGACUAUUCUCACAUUCCUUGGUAAGUAAGGUCUAAUAAGUAUUAUCACACCUCAUUUUAAUGAUUAACAACAUCACAAGGCCUAUCUAUAGUCAUUCUGUCUUCAGAUCCAAGCUUAGAGGGGAACCCUGUCAAUUUUCCAUUCUGAUGUUUAGUGGGUAGACAGCAGAUGAUGUCAAACAGGAUCACCCCAAUGUAGGACUGGAUCCCAUACUUCCUCAACCUUCACUUCAUGCUUUUUCCUUUUCACCAUGUGGCCUAUGCAUAUAUCCUAAGGGAUAAGACUGGACACUUUUAAAUAAAUCUUCAUGGUGGCCUGUACAAUUACUUGCCAAUUUCCGAUAGAAGGAAAUAGUGCUUGUGAGUGACAAUUCUGGAAGUUGGAUCUGGGAAGAUCAUGGUUUGGUAUCACUCACAAUAUUUCAGAAAUGAGCCAUUAGAUACUGUUGUUUUCCAGACAUUAGGGACCAGCUAACUUUCCCUGGAGUCCUCUAAGACAAGGGGAGACAUAUUCUUGUUUUGUUUUAUCUUUAACAGAGAAAUCUACUCAAGUGACAGAUAUACUGGUCUGCAUCUAAAUGUCUGUCAACCAGGAGAGAAAAGGCUCUUUCUUUAGGACUUUUCAAGAUGAACACGUACAGUUGUUUGGAUAAGAAUCUCUUGUCAGAACAGAAAUAUGCUAGAUGGCUUCCAAACCCAGAGACUCUAAGUUCUGAGAAAAAUCCAUAAAAUGGAGCAACUUAUAAAAUAUGCAGCUUGAGUAAUGAUCUAUUUGAUAGCAGGUGAUAGUGAUGAGCAUAGCUUGUGGGCAGCUAUAAAUUUGAGCAUCCUUGACAGCUGUCAAGACUAGAAGCCAAGAGAAACUCAGUGUUGCUCACAUUGAGUUCAGUUUCCUUCUUCAUCAUUGAGGAGGUUUGGGGAGGUAAAAGGGCAUGCAGAAUAAAUAGUUGAAUAGAUUUAUCAUUUUUAUUCAGAAUUUCUAUUAAAUUGGACCAAACAUAGGAGAAGGCUGCUGGCCUGCCCCAAUUUAACCAAGCCAUCUACUCAAAGCCAGAUUCAUGUGUAGUACAUGGAUUCGUAACAGCCCAGACCCUGAACUAUUGCCUCUGAUGACCAGGAGGAUAGAUUAAUUGAAUGUCUGUGAUCACUAGUAAGUGAUGGGCCUUUGCCCACUCUAGAGUACUUGUGGGAGACAAAUUCUUUUAAUAUGCUGUCCUCUAGGCAUUAGAAGUCUUUCAGCAAUCAUAUUUAUGUCUGUAUGUGCUGCAUGCACAUGUGUCCAAGACUCAUGGAUGGCAAAGGGCAAUGUGCUGGAGAUGCAUCCAUGUCAGUGUUAACUCUUUCAUAUUUGGUGUCUCAUAGGUUUCAAAUAAACAGUGUUUUCCAUUACUCAGAUAUUUAUUUUUGGGCAAACAACAAGGUGAAAAUAACUUUUCUUAGAUGCACUGCUACACUGGCAUUAUAACUUCAUUCUCGUAACAGUUUAUGUGCCACUAGGAGUUGGUAGUAAACAAAAGUUAAAGUGGAUAUGGGUAUUUUAAAUUAUAGUGACCCCUUAGGACUAGAGUUUUAAUUAACAGAACAGCCUGGGUACUAUAUUUUAAUGUGUUACUUAAUAUUAUGUUCCAUCAAUAUUCAUUCCUAGGGAUCGCUAUUAUGUCAAGAUAUAAGUAAACUGAGAAUUUUUUGAUGCAUCAUUUCACUCAAGUAAAAACAAUUUCGUGCUUCUUCAAAAGAAAAAUUAGACCUAUUCAAUCUUAGCAACCAAUUGUGAUGUACAAUUCAGAGACUUAUGAUUUAAUCUUGUAGCCUAGCAGCUAUAACUUUUUCCAGAUAUUACAAUAAAUAUUGGAAUUUUAUCUUAAGAAAGCAAAAUCUGUGCAACCUAGUGUCCCCACUAUAUCUUUAAAGGCUGUUGCAUACACAAAGCUGUUUUGAAGUUGUCAUAUGUUGUUUGCGGAAGUCAUUGUAAUUUUUUUUGCCUGCUUUGCCUCUUUUUGUACAGAAGUUUUCAGUGUGAAAUGAAAAUUAAAGUUUGGUACAUAUAUUUAAAAA